CCAGCUCUUCACCGUGAGAGCCUGUGCUUCUGCCUUAAGGCUUCCGGCUGAGCCAUCCGGCUGUUGGUUUAUCUGCUCCAACACACACCCUCUCACUGGGGAAGUGUUACUCUGCCCCCCCUGCCUCCCCGCUCCACUUCCUCAUUUCUGCUGACUCUCUGCUCACCCUCUCCUCUCUCCUUUUCUCAUCUCCUCGCCUCUCCCCUCUCUGGAUGCCAGUAGCUUCUAGUCAUGGAACAGACGACAGUCACACACCAACCGGGACUGUCAGUCACCGAAGCCUCAGCAUCAGCUUUUCAAAUUGAGGAAGUGGGAGGCUUCACCGCAGGAAGUGAAGAUAACUGGAGACCAAAGAACGUCCCUGCAGCGACGGGGCCAAUACUCACACAGCCCGGACUCGGCGUCACCACAACAACCAUCACCACCAUCACGCAGACAGGCGGAGACUGGAGCACUGGCCUGUUUGACAUCUGUGGAGACAAGACUACAUGUGUUCUCGGGGCUCUGGCGCCGUGCUGUUUAGACCUGAGUUUGGCUCACCAGUACGGUGAGUGUCUGUGCAUGCCUUUCUUACCAGGCUCCACUUUUGCCAUACGAGUGGGGAUCAGAGAGCGGUACAAGAUACGGGGAAGUGUGUGUGAGGACUGGACCACAGUGUAUUGCUGUUACCCUCUGGCUGUAUGUCAGAUGAUAAGAGAGAUGAAGCGGAGGAUGAAGACUCAGACGUAUCAUGUGUCCACUGCCCUCGAGUGCUCUUGAGGAAACUCUAGACAGCCAGUGAGGCUUUUCCUGUUGCGAUGCAGCAGAGAAUGGUGAGGACCAGCUGAGAUUACCGGUAUGAGUAGCAUGAAGAAUCGAUCAGUACGGUUUGAAGUUACUUUUAAACAGCCCCGAGGAUGCCUUGGACAAUGAAUCAAGCCUAUCCUACAAUGUCCAAGGAAGACUGGAAAGGAUUUACUUGAACUAAAAGGGUAAACGACAAGAAAAGUCACUACUGUUGGGUCUGAACCAGUGUUUAGGCCUUCAAACUGCCUUGGACUUGAUAAAUCCUAACUGACAAUAACCUUUAAACUGCUGUUGGACUUCUGUUUAGAGAAGAUAUAGUGACGAGAUUCCUAUCUUCUUGCUAGACACAUGCUUAUUUGGUUUCAGUAGCCAUCAUUGUCAGCAAAAUAAUAACUGGUAGAACUUUAAGUCAGACACCAGAAACUUUCAAAAAGCAGCCAACUUUCUUUUAUUCUACAUGUGUUUACAUCUUAACCCAAACAAGGCAAUACUCCAUCUACUGAAACUGUCAUGAAAGCAGCUUUAUCUCGUUUCCUUUAUCAGGACAAGGUCAUAAUCAAAGUCAUUAAACCCAUAUUUAUGCAUGUAGACCUUUAUUGAACAUUUUGUUUGAUGAGAAGCACGAUAACAUCUCCGACAGGUUUCUUUCAAAGCUCAGUUCACCCAAAUCCCCCCCCCCCUUUGUUUGUGCUGCUCAGGAGAGUGAAAAUUUAGAUUGGAAAAAUCCAAGAGCAACGUGUCCUUCCAAAAACGACAUAUCCUUCGUGCUCUUGAUUUUUCUAUGAAGUUUGCUGACGACACCUCUCAGGGACAAUUUCAUAGAUGGAAAGUGGUACGAAUGAGGUUAAGUGUGAAGUCUUUAUGAGAUUUGUGUGAUCCGACUCCUUAAAUUCCGUCUCGCAUGUCAAAGGUCACCAGACGCGUUAAUGUGUUCAGUCCCCUCUCUUUCCAGACCUUGACGCACAAAUUGUGCAAUGGGGAACAUUAGGGACAAUAUCUACAGAUCCGAAUAAUACAUCUCACUUUCAAUUUUACAUUUAAAACUAAAUCAAAAUAAAGCCAGAGAAGCACAGAAAAGCUGUACGUCACCAGUUUGAUCUAAGCAGUCAUUUGGAUUCUUAAGUUAAUUAAGCAUUAAUGCUUUUGAGAGUGGAUUUAUUUACGUGUAUGAGUCCAUUCGGUAUGCAGAACCACCUGUCUUACCCAGCAUACAGGCCACAGUGCAGCUCAGAUUACAGUCAACAGUUCAAGCACAGUCGGAUGACAAUAAAGCCUAUUUCCAUAUUUCUGUUAUUCUUUUGUCCCUCUAUUCCUUGGUUCAGCCUCAAGCAUUCAAUCAUAUUAUUAAUCCAGUCCUGAUUGCUGUGGUUCCCUGAACCCGAAAUGCCAACCAGCGAGAACGGAUAUGAAAAUGUUAUUUAUACACGAAGCAGAUGGGUCUUCAAAGGGCAAAUAUGUAAUUUGUUAACUCCUACAAAUGUGAUCCCCUACCUGCCAGCUUUUUAAAAUGAAAUGGGAAAAAGAGAAGUUGGUUUGGUGUCAAAGGAGAGAGAUGUGAAUAAUAAAACCCAAUCAUAUUUUAGUACACUGCACUCCUCAACGUGUUAAUCUGCUGAUUGAAAAUAAACAUUUUUAAAACAUCUCAAAUUGCUUUUUAGAUUACACAUCCUUAA